AUGACGGAAAGCGAGUGGGUGACGAGCAAUACGCAAUGGCCGGUGAACAUCUUUAUGAAGAUCAACGGCACAGCAGUAUUUGCUCGUCGCCAGUCACACAACGGCAAGGAUCUCCCCGUUAACAUCACGCAAUUGAUCCUGCUUGGUGCUAACAAGGUCGAGGUGGCUAUUCCUGAACAGUCGUCGAAGUCGUCUACGUCACCAACUUACUUCUUUGGCAUCGAGACCGUCGAGACGGCACAUUGCAACCGCUCGGUCGACUAUAUCAUGAAAAAUGGGGUUCAGCAUGCCAGUGUUACAGUCGACAAAAUUAAGUCUCGUCUUCGGUCGACGUCGGACGACGACGAUGGGUUCACCAUCCUGCAAAACAGCGUCUCCGUGGACCUAGCCGACCCUUACAGCGCCCGCAUUUUCAAGAUUCCUGUUCGAGGCGCCCAGUGUCAGCACAUUGAGUGCUUCGACCUGCACAACUGGCUUAAUACGCGGCCUGUAUGUACAUCGUAUCCGAUGAACCCGUUUUGUCAGCACGCCUAUGACUGCACAUGCCCGAAACCCCAGGAGCCGACAAUGCCGGACAAAUGGCGGUGCCCCAUUUGUUCAAACGAUGCCCGUCCUACCAAUCUGCGAAUUGACCGCUUUCUCGUCGAUGUUCGUGCUAAGCUCAAGGAACUCGGAACACUCGACAGAGUCAAGUCGAUUCGUGUCAUGGGCGAUGGAACGUGGACAGCAAUUGGCGGCAACGAGGAGGAUGACGAUGACGGGGGCGACAGCGAUGACGAAAAGGUCGGCUUAGCUAGCGGCAGCAACCCCAACAGCGGAACGAUUGCCACCGGCACGACGAACGACAGCACGACUACCAACGACACGGCUAACAGCAGCACGGCUACCAGCAGCACGGCUACCAGCAGCACGGCUACCAGCAGCACGGCUACUACCAAUGCUGCAAAGAGGAAACCGAAUACGCAGCAGCAAAACGGGCAACCGCCGCGGAAGGUUGCACGAACCGAUGCAGAAUCGAAUGCGGCAGUAUCCGCGAAACGGGCCGUGCCGACGUCGCGUCCAAUUGAAAUCAUUGAAAUCGACGAUUGA